AUGCUAUCCUUGUUCUCGUGCUGGAAUCGGCCACUUCGGCGGAGACAGCGAGUCUGGAAAGAGAAAGAAGAAGCAGCCAAAAACCUUGAUCAACUCCCCUCGUGGACUGCGCCAGAUAAUACGCUAAUUCUGCAGGCGUUUGAAUGGCAUGUUCCUGCCGAUCGGCGGCAUUGGAAUCGAUUGAAGGCUGCUUUGCCGGAUUACAAGGCGCUAGGCGUUGACCAGAUAUGGGUUCCCCCGGGAUGCAAGGGAAUGGACCCUGCAGGUAAUGGCUAUGAUAUCUACGACUUGUAUGAUCUGGGGGAGUUUGAUCAAAAGGGAGCCAUCUCGACAAAGUGGGGCUCUAGGAAAGAGCUGGAGGACUUGGUAUGCCAAGCUCAAGCUUUGGAUAUCAAGAUCAUCUGGGAUGCGGUGCUCAAUCACAAGGCUGGGGCUGAUUUCCCAGAGAGCUUUGAGGCAGUGGAAGUAGAUCCUAAACGAAGGGAUGUCGAAAUAUCCAAGCCGUUGGAAAUCGACGGCUGGGUGGGCUUUGAUUUCAGUGGCCGUGGCGACGUGUACAGCUCGAUGAAGUACCACUGGCAACAUUUCAGCGGCGUCGACUGGGAUGACAAGCGCAAACACCAGGCUAUCUACAAAGUCCAUGCCCCCCACAAGAACUGGGCCUCCGAUGUGUCUGGGGAAAAUGGAAACUAUGACUACCUCAUGUUUGCUGACCUUGACCUUUCGCAUCCUGAAGUCCGCGAAGAUAUCCUACAAUGGGGAACCUGGAUCACAGAUACAUUAUCCCUCAGUGGGAUGAGAUUGGACGCAGCAAAGCAUUUCUCUGCGAAGUUCCAAAAGGAUUUUGUCAACCAUAUUCGCAGCACUGCCAAUCCGGAUUUCUUCGUGAUCGGAGAGUAUUGGACCGGCAAUGUCCAGGCUAUCAUGGACUACCUGGAGAAGCUCGAGUAUGACAUUGCGGCUUAUGACGUUCCACUGAUUGAGAAUUUCUCAAAGUUGUCGCAUAUACCCGGUGCAGACCUCCGUGAUAUCUUCAAAGAUACCUUGGUUGAGCGCAGGCCGGACCAGGCUGUGACCAUUGUCGCCAAUCAUGACACGCAACCAGGGCAAAUGCUCGAGACUCCAGUGGCAUCAGACUUCAAAUUGCUAGCCUAUGCCUUGAUACUUCUCCGUAAAGAAGGCCACCCGUGUGUAUUCUACGGAGACAUUUAUGGCAUACGAGGUGGAAAUACUGCGCCCCCGAUGGCGCCAGCGUGCAAUGGCAAGCUUCCAAUUCUAACAAAAGCACGCAAACUAUAUGCCUAUGGCGAACAAGAAGACUAUUUCGACCAACCAAACUGCAUCGGUUUUGUUCGCUAUGGGAAUGCUCGUCACCGUUCUGGUCUCGCCUGCGUUAUCAGUAACGCAGGCGCGGCCAAAAAACGCAUGUUCAUUGGUCGGCAAAAUACGAACCAGCGGUGGAUAGAUAUACUAGGGCACCAGCCGGGGGCGGUCGUUAUCGACAAACGGGGUUAUGGGCUUUUCCCUGUCAACUCUAUGAGUGCCAGCGUCUGGAUUGAUUCAGCCGUAGUCGCUGGUAGUGGUGUUGAGGACAAGUUCAACAUAAACAUUUAUGACUAUUGA